CGCCCCGGGCUUCGGGUGGUCCGUUCCCCCCGCGCCGCUCGCGGCUUCUCCGGUGGGCGCUGGGCGCGUCGAGGAGGGAGACGGAUUUCUCUUUCACGGAUUCAGAGGCUGGGGUUUCUCCACCACUUAAGAGAUCGUGGAGUGGGGCAGGGGCGCUUGGCGGAAAGCUGCAGACGCCGGAGCCUGACCGCUUGGGCUUGGGGGUUAUCGCGUAGCCUCCGCGCCGGCUGUCUGUCGUGAGCCGAGGGACUUGGCGGCAGGGCCCACCCCCGGAAUUCCAGAGGCGACCGCAAGGACCCAGCCGGCAGAGGAAGGUCGAGCUGGGAGGAAACGCGCUCGCUUCGCCCCACCUUGUGCAAAUGACUCGGCUUAGUCACAUGGCAUUUUGGAAUGCCAGGUACCAAAAGUAAGAUCACUGAAGGCAGUAAAACUGAGAUUAUCAGCCAAGAAAGACUACUGGAGAAAGCAAAGGAUGGAAGCAAAAGUGAAGCAGUGUUUUAUCCUAUGUACUUCAGCAGACCUUCUGCAAUUCAGCUAAAACUAUGACUGCUCUUUCUUCAGAGAACUGCUCUUUUCAGUACCAGUUACAUCAAGCAAAUCAGCCUCUAGAUGGUAACUGUCUGCUAUUCUUGAUUAUACUUGGGAAGAUACUACUGAAUAUCCUCACAUUAGGAAUGAGAAGAAAAAUCACCUAUCAAAAUUUUAUGGAAUAUUUCUGCAUUUCACUAGCAUUCAUCGAUCUUUUACUUUUAGUAAAUAUUUCCAUUAUAUCCUAUUUCAGGGAUUUUGUACUUUUAGGCAUUAGGUUUACUAAAUACCACAUCUGCCUAUUUACUCAAAUUAUUUCUUUCACUUACGGUUUUCUGCAUUAUCCAGUUUUCCUGAUAGCUUGUAUAGAUUAUUACCUGAAUUUCUCCAGAACCACAAAGCUAGCAUUUAAGUGUCAAAAAUUUUAUUUCUUUAUAGUAAUUUUAAUUUGGAUUUCAGUCCUUGCUUAUGUUUUGGGAGAUCCAGCUAUCUACCAAAGCCUGAAGGCACAGAAUGUUUAUUCUUAUCAGUGUCCUUUCUACAUUAGCAUUCAGAGUUACUGGCUGUCAUUUUCCAUGGUGGUGAUUUUAUUUAUGGCUUUUCUAACCUCUUGGUCAGAAGUUACUGCCUUGGUACAGGCUGUUAGGAUGACUUCCUAUAUGAAUGAGACUGUCCUAUAUUUUCCCUUUUCAUCCCAUUGUAGUUAUACUCUGAGCUCUAAAAAAACACUCUUGCCCAAGUUCAUUAUCUGCUUUCUCGGUACCUGGUUACCAUUUGUACUACUUCAAGUAAUUAUCCUUUUACUUAAAGUACAGAUUCCAGCAUUUAUUGAGAUGAACAUUCCGUGGUUGUACUUCGUCAAUAGUUUUCUCAUUGCUACAGUUUAUUGGUUUAAUUGUCACAAGCUUAAUUUAAGAGACGUCGCAUUACCUGUGGAUCCAUUCGUCAACUGGAAAUGCUGCUUCAUUCCACUUACAAUUCAUAAUCUUGAGCAAAUUGAAAAGCCUAUAUCAAUAAUAAUUUGUUAAUGUUGCCAUGUUAAAACUAAUUAAAACUGACAACUACAGUAGGAAUCAUAAUUUUACAAAGGGAAAGGACAUAUAAAGAUUGAACUGAACUGAAGCUCCCCUCCCCGGCCCCAACUUUCAUACCUUUUCAGAAUGUGUCUUUUGGGACUAUGGUAUUAAAAACAAAAUAAUUCCAAGAAAACUUUUUAUACCUGUUCAGGAACACAGCAUGUUACCAAUAUUAAUUUAACACAAAAGUGAAGCGAGUUAAUAUUUGGCCAUACUGAUUUCAUGUUACCCAAAAAACUAGUGGAUGCAAACUGUUAGUAAAUCUGAGCUUCUCUGCCAGUGAUAUACAAAUGUAAAUAAACAUUUUUAUUAAAUUCAGAGCAAGAAAAUCAAGAUCAUUUUCUUAAAAUUUGGUAUAAAUACUCCUUUAACAUAAAGGGAAAAUUAGCUCGAUUUAAAUUUAGGUAAUUUUCAAAAACAUAUCUCUGUUCUUAAUACAGAUAUUCCUGGAAGAAAAGUUUGUUGCUCACCUUACAGAACUGGGAGUAGUGACUAGGUCUCUUUCCAUGACAUACCAGAUUCAUUUUCAUUUACAACUUAUAUGUCACAUACUUGCAUAUCAAAUCAUAAUCACAUGGGCAAUGUAUCACAUUGUAAAAGUAAAGGAGGGUUUCUUAUCCUCAGCACUGUUCACAUUUUGGGUUGGGUAAUUCUUUGUUGUGGGAGACUGCCCUGUGCAUUGCAGAGUCUUCACCAGCGUGCCUUCUCUGCCCAAGACACGCCAACCACAACAUCUCCAGACACUGCCAAACCUCCCCUGGUGGGCAGAACUGCCAGAGUAAAGCCAUCUCAAUGGUAGGAAUCAACUGAGGUCACUUUGUUCAACUACGUAGAUACUGUCUAUAACUGUCACCAUUUCUAAACCUUGUCCCCUCUACUUCUCUGGGUUACUUUCCCUCUGACUGUACCACUUUCCAACUGGCCAUUACCUAGGACUGAGAUACUUUAAAAUAUAUCGUACUUAGUAAAGGUUUAUACUCUGCAGAUUAUAAAUAGGCAAACUUGUAACUAUUUCAAAGCCCUCAUAAGCUUAAAGAAAAAAUUAAUCAAUAGACCAGCCAAAUGGAAGAGGCUUUUAUUUGUAAAGAAAUGAACUUACAACUGGUCUACAAUAUAUUAUUGUAAUAUAAACAAUAUAAAUAAAUGAUCCUGUAGGCCCACUAACCUUCCAUCCAGACCCACAUGAGGCAAUGUUAACAACAAUAUUCUAUAUGAAAAUGUGCAGGUAACAAAGGUGCAAUUACAAGCAAGUUUAAGCAGCAGAGUAUAAGGUGCUUUAAUUUAACAGUUAAUGUUGCCGUCAACAAACAUUUGAAUGUUCAAUUUUACUUCACUGAAUACAGACACAACAAAUAUGAAAAUCUAAAAUUCAUACACAUGCUACUUGUUAUUAUGAAAGUGCUUUCUCUUUUAAAAAAAUACACCAAAUGGACAGUCUUUUUACAUAGAUCAUGGUGUGCUCUUAUAAUGCAAAAUUAACUUCAUUUUCAGGUUAUACAUUUUAAAACUGUAGCUAUAGACACCAAUCUAGGAACGCUAAUGCUAAGAGUGCUAAAACUAUUUCAUUUCCUGUAAGGAGGACUCUAAUACAAUAUCCAAUGGAAAGAAUACAUCUAUAUAUAAUCUUAACAUCUGUUUUCUGUAAAAGUAAAAAAGGUUUCCUUUCCCCUUGGUGAUGCUUUGUUCAACCUGGGUAGAUGAGCUUUUGAGGUUUUAGUAAUAUGAAAGUCCUAUUUUAGAACAAUGGGAGGAACCAAAAGGAAUUUAAAAAUCAGUUAAUGUGUGCUUGAAGCAUCAGAAAAAAAAAAUUACAACAAUCUGCCUUUGUUAAAUCAACAAAGUAACAUUUUUUUUUAACAAGCAAGAAGACAAAAAGCAGUAAUUUAACAGAGGCUUGAAAUGCCCACCCUCGCCUCUCCUGUCAGUACCUCUCCACACACUGUGUCUACAACUCCAGCCUUCACCACAGCUCACUCCUCACUCUGAGGAUAGUUUUUAGAACUCACUUUGACUUUUUUUUUUCCUGUGGAAAAAAGACCAAGCUUCUGAAUGAGGUGACUGGGAAUCUUAAGUGUAUUGGCAAUCAGACAUCUGUAAUUAUGCACACUGCAUCAGCUUUUUUUAAAAUUCAAGAAUACAUAUACAAAAAGUAUGCUAUAGAUAUUUAACACCAUAAAAUAUUUGAAAAAUUAGGUGAAUUAAAACAUUUUAAAAGUAAAUUUUAACGAGGACCAUGGCAAAUUCUUUUAAACCCAGACUAUUUGGUUACUUGGAUGUCAGUGUUCUAUUUUCAAUCAGUUUUAGAUUCUAAUCUAACAUGUACUGGGACAUUUUCCUGCUUUAAAAGCUGCAACGGUGAUGCAUAAAAAAGAUCUUUUUUAAUAUUAGGUAUUUUUAUUUUGAGGGGGUGAGAAAAAAAGAUAUUUUCAUUUUGUAUUUUUAUGGAGAAUGCUAGCAUGAUGUUAAUCUGUAUUGCUGGAACAACAGAAAUUAGAACAUUUCACAGAACCCCCAAGUGGUUAGGAAACUACCCAGCUAAUGCCAUUCAAUAUUUAUUCCCCAAAUAGUUGUCAAUUCAAGCAUGGAAUGGUUUUAUGUUGACCAGUUCUGCAUUUUAAAGGAAACCUUUUUAACUAUGUAAUACAUGUGUUUUCUAAAAAGUAGGUAUAUUUGUAAUAAUAAGUUUUGUGUAAUUUCUUGCUUUAUCAACAAAAGACAAUAAAAAACAAACCUGUUUAGCGAGAUUCUCCUUUGAGACUUUUCAGUUUUAGAAAGUUACUCCACUGUCAAUACUGGGUGUAAAGCUUUUGUAGUUACAAAUGUAUAGUAAAUCAGCACCAGCUUCUUUCUUUGUAUUGUUCUGUCAAACACCCUGUAUAGUAACACCUCUGGAAUAGAUUCAAGGGUCAAAAUAAUUCUGAGAAAUAUGAGCUGUCACAACAGUCUCAAAAUGUAAAUCCUUAUCAGGUACCCUGGAUUGUGUAACCAAUAAUCAGGUAUAUGACUGACUAUGAUUUGUAUGUGAAAUGUGUUUUAGGAAUAUUGUGCUGUGAUUCAUUCUGACCCCUUAGAUGUCAUCUAGCUUAAUACUUUUAUUUACCCAGUACAUAAAAAUUUCCUUCUCAGUUCCAACUUUACAUUCAGUACAGUAAGUAAUAGUAAUAAUAAUGUCCAUGUUUGUUUAAAGCCACAAUCAGAAUUGUUUGGGAAGAUUUUGUGUACUUAUUAGCAGUUCCUUAAGUCAUGUAUACCACACGCUGCACAUAGUAAGUGUUCAAAUGGUUUGCUAAAUGAAUGGAUAAAUGCAUGAAUGACAAUGUUCAUAUGUGUUUGUAUGUUCAGUGGUUAACUAGUAGGAAGCAUUUACAAAAAUGCCCUCAUUUGCUUGUCUGUACAAUUUUCCUUCUCUAGUUUAAACCGUUAAGAGAACAAAAACUGCAGGUGGCCCAGGAAAUGGAUGCUUAACAUUUAUCUUUUAGCAAAAGCUCUUAGUAUGUAAUGAACCGUUCCAAAGGGAAAGAGAAUUAAGUAGAAGCAACUUUAAAAAUACCCCAUUAUGUGGCCGAGAAUCAUAGUUUUAGAGCUGGGAGGUACCUUAAAGAUGAUUUAAACCAAAAUCAGCUUUUUGAGUAGUAGAGGCUCCAUACUGUGUAUUCAGAAGAUGGAACAGAUUAAAAGCAAAGGAAGGGCUGAAGGUGUCACACGCCACUAAAUCACCAACUGCAAGUAAAACGCCCAGCCCCCCCAACCAGCGUUUUAUCUUCUUUCAUGUUAAUUUAAUGAUUAUGUUCAUCUAUUAUUUACUACUGAAGUAGACUAUUUAGUACUACCUAAAACAAAAAGAAUUAAGACUUUAACAACACAUUCUAAAUAAAGAUUUUAAGCAAUGGACACUUCUGGUUUGCUUGAGGCAAAACUAAAAAAAGUUCCUUCUUUCUAGAACAGAUUCACGCUUAUUUCACUACCAGGCCCACCACUAUCUAUAAACACCAACUUCUUCACCUCCAUUAAUUAAAGCUCCACAAAACAUGGGUUUAACACUGAUAAUAGUCCCUAGAGCAUAACUUUUCAGCCAAUAACUGAUGGCUACUAUCAAUUCUUAAGAUGAUGACUGGAGUCAGUUGAAGUAGGCGGUCUCAAAGGACUUACUGACUUCCGCUUAUAUUUAAAACUAUGCCAUGUUAGCAGAACAGUAUGUUAAAUUUAUAUUAAGUUCUUUUUUCUGACUUAAAAUUCAUCACUAGACUUCUUUCCAACAAUAUAUUUUAGGACCCUUGUAAAGGUUUUCUUUCUAUGGAUUCAUACUGACAUCAAUAUCACAGAGAGCAAUUAUACUUUUCAAAAGCAGUGGGAACAAAUACUUCUCUAAUGUACCCUCUUCUCCAACAUCUGAGAUUAAAAUUGUCAUCUUUAAAUAAAAUUAAAUGUUCACAAGCUAUAAAAAAAGAAAAAAAUGAAACAUUCAAGGAAAACCUUUCCUAAAAGGACCUAUAAACAUGGCACUGAAGAGGUGUGUGUUCAUGAGUUCGAGCAGAAUGGGGUUUUCAUUAGAGAAGCUGGGCCUCAGAGCUGAGGAGGAGGGAGACCGCUCCCUUUUAAUGUCUGUGAGUUCAAGUGAAAGUUCAGAAAAAGCCAAACACCGCGCUCUGGAAAAUGACGCUAAUUUGUAUUAGUGCUUUACAACUUUCAAAAAAAGCUUUCUCAUAGUAUUAUUUUAAAAUAGAUUAAAUAAGCUCUAAAAAAUAAUAUGUAAAACUUUAAAUUCUUAAAAAUUUAGGAAACUUUUUCCAAAGAAGAUAAUAUAAUUUUCAACAUUUUUUUUAUUAUUAUUGAAGAAAUGGCUUGUAUUGCUGGUAUGAAGGAAACUAUAUAGUGGUACAUAUUAUGAACUAACAAAAAAGGAAUAUCUUCCCAAAGAAUUUUUUUAAGAUGUACAGUUUAUAAUAGGUUGAAAUUAAACUUUAGUAAGAUUGCAUAUUUAUUUUUCUAAUACUGUAUUUGUGCUUAUCUAAACUGGAUCACAAUCUUUAAGAUUAAAUCAAAUGCUCUUAAAUAGACUCAUAAAAUACCAAUAUUGAUGAAUGUGAAUUAAACAGUUCAUUUCAUGAUCCACACUACUGUGCAUCAAAGAAAUAGAGGUAGGCUUCUGUUGAAAUCCAUACUAAUAACAAGCAAGCUAUAGCUCUCUAGUCAUCCAAUUCUUAGAUACAACCUAACAAAUAAAAUACUAUCUUAAAAUGCCUUUAUAACAAUCUACAAGUUUGGUUCAACUGUGGUAUCUGAAAAUGGAUACUGUCCUCUAUAAUUCCAAUAACUCAAUUAUAAUAAUUAACCUUUGAGUUUUUGACAGAUACUCUCCAAGUACAAUGGUUGCCACCUUUCUUUGAAGUCAAAAAUCACUAACUUAUAUAUCACUGGAACUAUUUAUUAAUAGUCCUUUUAGGGGCAGGAAGUCCUCCUAGGGCAGGAUCAUUUGAUAGAGAGUGAAAGAAUGAGUGUGAUUACAGGCGAAUCUUACUGCUGUAACUGGGAUCCAACCAUUACACCAUAUUAUUUUGAACUACUGAAGGUCAUAUCUAUACUACACACCCUCACUCCGUUAACUGUACUAUCCCCUUGGGUCUGGAAUGCUUUUCCUCCUGUUUGUCUCUUCCUCCACUUCCCUGUCCUUCCCCCUGGAAAACCCUCCUCGAGGCCCAGCUACAUAGAUGGUGCACAGGAAACAGACUGAACAUUGUGCGUUGAUGGGCCAGUUUCCACUGCCCAAAGGUUUCACUGAAACAUGACCAUUAGGUCUUAGAAAGUCCUGCCCCAACUGCCUUCCUAAAAUUAACUCUACUACAAAAUCCUCUCUAAGGAUUUUCAGGCAAAGGUCUCUAAGAAGUUUUCCCACGGUUCUCACGGGCCUAGAACAGGCUUGAGGGAAGGGAAGCAGUAGGGGAGGGAAGCAGUAGGGGAGGCCCUCUGAGGCUCUCGGCUCAGGCUCAGGGCCAGCCACACACAGGCAGCAUGCAUUCCUGCCAGUCAUUAAGGGUGAGGAUCUUCAAACCACAGUAUAUAAUCACAUGGUUCUAGUUUAAAAUGUCUUUACAACUUUUUAACAGUGUGUCCAAUCAGGAUUUCAGCUACUCAAUAGGGCUGUGAGGACAGCAUCAUUCACAUCCAUCUAUAAUAGUUUAUUCUUUCCAAAACGGCUCACAAACAUGUAAACACAACCUAAGAGUAUGCCACCUGUAUACUGCCUUCCUACCAUAUUUAUGCUAUGAUGGUAUCAGAACCCUCCGAAUGCAAAUAACAGGACUUCCUAACAUUUAAUUGAACAAGUCUCUGAUAUGGGACACUGUGACAGGUUUCAUUAUCAGACUGGUAUUUGAAUAAAUGUCUGACUCAUUUCACACUUGAUAUUAUGAAGAUUAGCUAGGUCAAAAAUUAUUCAAAGGCAUGGGCACAACAAUACUUCAUACAGUUCUAAAUGUUUAAACAAACUAGGAAACAAAAACAAUGGGCUACCUAAAAAAAUCAUUUCUAUUUAAAACUAGGUAAAUCACUUCUUCAAAAGUGCAGAAAUUUGUUCAGUGUUGAAGUGGGAUAAGCAAAGCGACAGGUCUCUUGUCUGCCUCUCUCCCAUUCUCAAGCUUCUUCUCUAAUAUGUCUUCUCCCCGUUCCACAUUCUCUACUCCUAUGUGACAGCCCUUAAGCUGAGACUAAGAAAAGCAUCUGUUUAGCGAUGCCACAGCAUCCUGGAAAUAGUUAUAUGCCACUUAAGAAGUGACAGGUUUGGGGACAGCACUCUGCCUUAUACAACAGUGAUGAUAUCAAAGCUGCAGAGCUUGUCAUACACAAGGCAUGAUGAAAAUCCGUAUCAUGUAAAAGUGUUUACAAACCAGCUCUCUGAGGGUGUUUACUUUCUUAGAACACAUGGCUUAAAGCAAAUAAAAUUUGAAACAUGUAGGUUUUAUUUCCCUCAAUGGGAAAAGAGUACAUCAGUUUAAAGAAGUCAGAAGAUGCAAACUCAGGUAGCAAAAGUAGAAAGAACUUCCCAUGUCCCCUUUUUGUUUGUCAUUCUUUCUCCUCCUAAAACAAUUAUUAGCACGAAGGAAAAAGAAAACACUCUCCCCACCUACAUCAUCCCAAAACUGUGCUCAGAACUUAGGAGAGAGGUGGAUGCCCAGUGUUAUCGUCCAUGUCCAUCAUAUAUAACUGAAGCUCUGAUUUUAAGAUGGUUAAUUCUCUAGAAAGAAACAUGCAUCAACAGGGAAAACUACCAGUUGAGCAAAUGAGCCAUUUCUAAAUAAAAUAGCUCAUGUGAAAAACCAAGUAGAUUUUCUAGGUAUGUUUUGAGCGAGGACAAGAGAAGAUCUGGACUACUUUUGAGAUUAUUACAAGACUUAAGAUUAUAAGGUGCUCUCAUCAAAUGGAACCCCCUCCCAUUCUUAUAAGCUUUCUUGGAUAUUUAACACAGUGCUAGGCACGGGGGCUUUCAGUUAGUAUAUAAUGACUGAUAUUAAAAAAGGGAGUAAAUAAAAGGAGAACCUGUACAUAGUUCAAAGUUAAUACCUUAAAGGCUAGAGAUAAUAUAGUUAUGGGAGGUAAUCAUUAUUGCUAGGGGAGUCUAUCCCCAAAUAAUCAAUUGCUUGUGGAUUAUCUAUGAAAAAGUUUUAAUUCCAGGGGAGAUUUUCCUUUGUGCCCUCCACGCCCUCCCUACCCCUUCAGUGGACCAUCUCCUACUAAUGCUCAGCCUAUACUUGUGUUCUGAAACUGCAAGAUGAGGGGGGGGAAAGUCAAGCAUAUGACGACUCUGUCAUAACGAUUAACUGCUAACAAAUGAAUACAGAGUACCUACCUUUCCUUGAAACUUUAAUCCAAUAAUUAAAAAUGUGAUAUAAAGAAAUAAUGUAACGUAGACUACAAGCUAUUGUAGGUCUGGAAAAUGAGCCUUACACUAUAUUACACAUUCUAAUCCUACACAUAACUGUCAGUAAACAUCUUUUUUUAAAACAUUACUACACAAAAGAAUCCCACAAAGCAUACAUUCAAACAAGAGGCAUCUAAAGAUUAAAAAAAUUACCCGCUGUAUUUUUGUAUAAAAAUAAUCAACAUUCUCUAAUGUACACAAAGCCAAAAGAUAAAUAUCUGUGAUGUCUUUAAUGACAUCUUUAGUCCUCUACUAGCUCAACACAAUCUUUUUGAAAAGAGCAGUGACAAUGACUGAAACCCAUGGACUCUUCCUUCCCCACUUACUGAACUCCUGCCAAAUAUCUGUGUAUGUUCCUUCUAUUUUAAAAC